ACGGCAGGUCCUUCAGCUCGCUGGACGUCGCCUCUUGGCUGUGGAGGGGACUGAGCAGCAUUGUGUACAGCUGGGUGCUGUGCAGGGGGUCACCAUGCUGAACGUCCCCUCCCCCUCAUUCCCCGUCCCCAAUUCCCAGCAGCGGGUGUCUGCAGGUGGGAGGAGCAAGAACCCAUUAAAACCUGGAAGGAGUCUUAUGGACUGGAUCAAACUCAAAAGUAGUGGCAAAGAUUUAACAGGCCUAAGAGGACGCUUAAUAGAAGUGACAGAAGAAGAACUUGCAAAACACAAUAAGAAGACAGACUGCUGGACAUGUAUCAGGGGAUUGGUCUAUAAUGUCACUCCUUACAUGGAAUACCAUCCUGGGGGUGAGGAGGAGCUCAUGAAAGCAGCUGGAAUAGAUGGCACUCAACUUUUUGAUCAGGUUCAUCGUUGGGUUAACUAUGAAUCGAUGCUGAAAGAGUGUCUAAUUGGAAGGAUGGCUGUGAAACAUGCUUCGUUAUUGAAAGGUUUGACAGCAACUGAAAACUCAGAGAAAACUCUCAUAAAUGGCUUGCUUCCUAGCAGCGCUAAACAGGAGUCUGGUAAAGCAUUUAAGCCAAGAUAUGACUGGUUCCAAACAGAUUCUACAGUGACUUUGGUUAUCUAUACCAAGCAAAAGAGCAUGUUUUCGGAGAUGGUUGCAGUUGAUUACCAAGAUAACAUCCUGCGAGGAGAGAUAACCAUAGAAGAUUACUCUUACCUUCUGCACAUUGAAUUGAGCCACACAGUAGAGGACUUUGAAGUUUGUACAUCAAGUAUUACUGGAAAAAUAGAAGUGAUUCUGCAGAAGGAAGAUCACAAGGCAUGGAAUAACCUGGGAAAAUCAUUGGAAGGAAAUAACUCUUUCAUUAAGAAGUCUCAGAGAGGAGUUUAUUAUAGGAAAUGCAGACUAACUUCAAAAACAGCCAUCAAUCACAAUACCAGAUUAUUUACCUUUGAACUACCUCGGUGCUGUUAUCGUCUGGUUCCUGUGGGACAUCAUGUUUACUUGAAACUACCAAUUGAAGAUAUGGAAAUAGUAAAGCCAUAUACCCCCGUGUCCCAGGAUUUGGUAAUAGAUCACAUACAGUCAACAGAUUCUGAGAAGAAAUAUAUUUACCUGAUGAUUAAAAUCUACACAAAUGGAAGUUUUACGCCACACUUUGAUAAACUAGAAAUAGGUGACCACGUGUCUGUGAGCAGCCCCCAGGGGUGUUUUAGGAUGGCCCAGAUUGAAGGCAUAGAGGAUAUUUUCCUUGUGGCAGCUGGCACCGGAUUUACACCAAUGGUUAAAUUGUUGAAGAAUGUACUGAGCGGUUCACCCAGCCUCAGAAAAGUGAAGCUGAUUUUUUUCAACAAAACUGAAGCUGAUAUCUUAUGGAGAGAACAACUGGAAACAUUGUGUUUAUCUGACGGGAGGUUUGAAGCCCAGUUUAUCCUUUCCGAACCUAGUCAGUCAUGGGUUGGACAUAAAGGUCCGAUAUCAUCUUCCCUUCUUUCAGAGGCCUUAACAAGAAGUAAAGAAGAUUCCUCUGCUUGGAUUUGCAUUUGUGGCCCAAAUGGUUUUGUUGAUCAAGGACUAAGGUGUCUAGAAGAAGACCUUGGCUUUACUAAAGAACAACUCUUUGUUUUCAGAGAAUAGCUGUUCUCAUGGUUCCAUUUGGUGAUCAGCUACCAAUAAAAAUGUCUAUGCAUCUUCAUUGUCA